AUGAAAAUGAAUCCAGAUAUUAAAGAGCUCAAAGAACUGUGCAGGGUUUGUUUAAUGCUAUCGAAUGAUAUGCGUCCCCUUUUAGAUCCCAAGGGUGCAGGUACACAAUUAAUGAACAAAUUAUCAUCAAUUAUACAUUCGGAGAUUAAUCUAAAUUUGGAUAACUCGCAACCGCAAUACAUUUGUUCCACAUGCGAAGAUAAACUGAUUACUUUUUAUGAAUUCCAACAAAUGUGCAUAAAAUCACAUCAAACUAUUUUAGAAUAUUCAAAUGAAACGAACAUAAACGUGGAUGUAAAGCCAUUUUAUGUUGACUUGAUCAAUUGUGAUGAUGUUAAAAAGGAAAGUGAAGAUGUCCCAUUAACAUAUGAGAAAUCAGAAAGCAAAUUUGAUUCAAUUGAAGAAGACUGCAAUGAAUAUGAUAAUGAUGAUAAUGGUUUACAUGAAACAGAUGACGAUGAUGAAGACAACGUAAAUUCAACCACAAACUCCAAGUCUACGAAAAGAGUAUUCGUUUGCAAUACGGAAGAAGUUAAAAACAUUAUUAACGAAGUUAAAAAGAAAUUUUACACGUCUAGACAAUGUUUAUUUUGCGGAUUUACCUCGAGUAAUGUUAGAACUCUUUCAGUACACAUGUCAAGACUUCACUGGUCUGUUAAGGACAAAUGGUGUUGGAAAUGCAAUAAAAUCGAAGAGAACUUAAAAGAGCACACGGAAAUUCACAAAGAUGAUUUUAAAUGUCCUUUUUGUAACAAACAAAGCACGACUGGAAGCCACUUUGUCGAACACCUUUCUAGACACACCAUUAAACAAAGGCAUGUAUGCAAGAUAUGCAAAAAGCACCUGAAAACAACAAAACUACUAAAAGCUCAUUGUAAAAAAGUCCAUAAAAAAUUAAUCGAAACGUGUAACGUCUGUUUAGACACAUUUUUCGAUAAAAAGCUGUUGGAGAAGCAUCUCGAAAUCCACAAAACCACCGAUUCUGAUGCAUGCGACAAUCAAUUUAGUGAAGAAAAUAAAGCUCUCUUAAGUUUAGAUGAAGAAGACAACGAAGAAAACAACACACACAAAAAAAGUAACAACAGGCAAAACAGGUACUGCGAUAUAUGCAAAAGAACGGUCAGAAAUCUAUCGAAUCACGUUCAAAAACACCACAGCUCUGAUAAUACAAACGAAGAACCCAAAGCCCUCUGCCACUACUGCGGCAAAUUAUUCAAGCAACAGUCCAAUUUGGACGUUCACAUAAGGACUCACACGAAGGAGACCCCUUACAAAUGCAGCUACUGCGACAUGUGCGUUGCCACACGAACGCGCCUGGUAGACCAUGAGAGGACUCACACUGGCGAAAAACCAUUCGCUUGCAAAUUCUGCGGAAAAACUUUCAAGCAACACGGUGUAUUGAAUACACAUUUGAAAAUACACACAGGUAGACCCGAGCAAUGCCUUUUAUGUCCGAAAAGGUUUUGUAGACCUUCCGAGCUGAGGAACCACAUGAGAGUGCAUACAGGUGAAAAACCGUACGCUUGUUCUUUCUGCGAUAAAUGUUUCAUACAAAGGAGCCAUUUGGUGGAGCACACGAAAAUCCACACUUACCACAGGCCUUUUAAGUGUCACAUAUGCGGAAAGGCCUUUAAGCAAUCCAGCACUCUUAAAGGCCAUCUCAAUGUUCACGAAGGUAAAAAAAUGUUCAAAUGUAACGUAUGUUCCUACAGUUGCAAGAAGAAUUAUACAUUGAAACAGCAUCUUCUGCAACAUCAAAAUGCCAAUGCGGAUGAGAGUUUUAGUUGCGAGCUGUGCCAAGAAAAGUUCCUUAAUGUGGAUCUUUUAAACCAGCACAAAAAUAUACACUUAGAUAGUUCUUGGAUUAGUUAA